GCUACAGAAGCAGAAGCUGGGACCACUUGCACACUGAUUAUAUCUCUCUCUCACAGAGUGUCACCAUCUGAUUGUCUUCGGAUGGUACAUGUCAAUUCUUAGUACUAGGGUAACACUUCAAAGUGCGCAGCCACAGCUUUCGAAACACCGAGCAAUCUCCCCAGUUUGCGAAAUCUAUCUUUCAAGUUCCUGUUUGGAUAGGUCCCAUAAUUAUGGGAGAUGCCAAGGAUAUUCUGGGUCUUCCGAAGGUGGCUGACCGUUCUGAUACCCCGAAAUCAUCGGACAAACGUCGUCAGUCAAAAGACUCACAGAGGAAGCCAGAUGGAGUUUCUCGAGAGGUCUAUUCCUUGAUCGGAGGGCUGCCUCCUAUAAUGACAUGCCUGCCGGACAUCAACGUGAAGAAGCACCUACAGCAGCCAGUCCAUCCCGACAGGAAAAAGGGCUGGAGAUGGGUGCCAAUUUCAUCUUCUGCUAGAAAGGAUAACCUGGAGCUGCAUCACUGGGAGCAAGUGGACCUCGAAAAAGAACCUCCUGACUUCGAGAGAUCAGACAGCAGCAUAGCGGAGGGAUCCGGCAGCAUUGCUCCAAUACGGCCCCAAUACAAAGUUGCAGCUAGGCCACCAACGGACUACGUCUAUGCUAAGUACAACCGGACUGUGGAUAUUGUUAGGUACACCGAUGAAGAGUACGCUCAAUACCUAGAAGACGAGAACUGGACCAGAGAGCAAACCGAUCAACUUUUUGAUCUAUGUGAGCAGUUGGACCUGCGCUUCAUCGUCAUCGCAGAUCGUUUUCCUGACUCUCGUACUCCUGAAGAACUCAAGGACCGCUAUUACAAUUGCGCUAAGAAGAUCCUCGAGAGUAGAGUGUCGUCUCCGGAUGAGGUAGCACAACAUCCGUUGGUGAAAAAUGCCUACAACUUUGAGCACGAAGUUGAGCGCAAGAAGUCUCUAGAAUUGCUGUUAUCACAAACUCGGAGGCAAGAGAGAAAGGAUCAUGAAAUCCUAGAAGAAGCACAGCGCAUCAGAGAAGAGCGGUUCAAGCAAAGGAAAGCAGAAAAGGCGUCGCGGGCAGCAGACAAGAGAAAACAGGCAAGGAUGGAAGUGAUUGCAGAAGUGGAAAACACGGGAGAUCUGACAAGAGAGGGGGGAACGUCAGAUGCGUUAUUAGGUACUUCAGGGUCGCCAACCUUGAAAACUGCUGAAGAAGGAGAAGCUGGCUCUCCCAAAGUUCCCACUCGCCCACGGCGGCCGGCAAUGCGCAACCAGGCCUCACACGCCAGUACGAGCGUUGAAGCUCCUGCCACUUCCUGUCCAUCUCAAGAUACGCAAGAACGCUCAAUGGUACCUGGGGAAUCUAAUGUUGCCAAGUCUCUUACAAAGAAGGUACAAGGGGUAUACCUCCUAUCAACCCAUCAUGCGAAAGCGGUGCAGGAAUAUUCAUCACAAGCAGGACAAAGGGCCUCACGGCGCAUAAAUCAGAUGCUUGAAAAGUAUAAGUGUCCUCCAAAGGUGAAGCAAUUUACAAAAAGGGUUUGUGAUAUGCAUCUGGAAGUCAGAGAGCAUCUACUUGCCCUCGUCAAACUUGAGGAAGAGAUACAAUUGCGAGAAGCUGAAAUUAGGACAGCCAAGACGACUAAUAAAGGUACAGAUAAAACUUCGCCCAGCACUCCCAGGAGGUCACAAAGGGUAACUGCAGCAGUAGUCGGAGCGGAAUCUAAUACGUCUUCAGGAGAACGAGUGAGCAAAAGGGAGAAACGCAGGAGUGUACGAACGAUCGAACAGUAAGCAUGCAGCCUUCGGACGCAAUAUGUUUCUCAUGUUUUUGGACAAUCAAGUCUGAAAGAGGUAUCUCCUGAUCGUUAUCCUGGCCAUCUCCUGACAGAUGGAAAUAUGCUGUGAGGUUGGGUAAGAGAAUGAAGAAUCAGAUUUGGGGUGUUUUCAAAGCUUCGAUGUAUUUUCUACGGCAACGUGUCUACACCUCAAACGUCUGUGGCUCCUGGACACCUCCUGCCUGCAUGUGACAUCUGUUCAUCAUGAGGUUUCUCUUCAAAUGUAAGAAAUGCUAUAGAGUCGUUAAUCUGAACCACUUGUCUGUAUGUAUACUAGUCAAAUUAAGCGGUUUGAAAUCAAUAAUUAGUUUGUAACACAAUACCCGUUGAAAGUGCUUACAAAGUCUUCAUACUGCCACCACACACAGAUCAAGAAUAUUUGGGUAGCUCCCCCUUAGUUUGGAAAUCAAGUAACCAUGCUGUCAUGUCAUUACUUGCCUAAAUUUGAAGAUAAGGGUUUCGAACAAAUUCAUCACAGUUUUCAAGUGUCGGGUAGUUAUUUCCUGCAAUCCUUUUUGAUGGAGUCUGCAGUCUGAAGAAAAUAUUCUCUUGUGGAUGAUAUGAGGCUACACAUCCAUACCAGGCAUACUAAAACCGGUUCAAGUUUCUCCCAGUAUACAGCAUACAGGUUGCAGAAGUUUCUGAAACUUUUCAUCUUUCC